AUGGCGUCUGCCCAUGGUGUCUGCUGCUCGGAAUUUAUCCAGAGACAGUUCCUCACCUGUUUCCUUACAAACCCACACUAUGGCAGCCUCAUUAAUGCAGACGGCCAUGCUGAAGUGUGGACAGAUUGGAAUGAUAUAUCCAAGUUUUUCCAGUAUGGAUGGAGAUGCACCACUAAUGAGAAUGCCUAUUCAAACCGUACCCUGAUGGGCAACUGGAACCAGGAAAGAUAUGACCUAAGGAAUAUCGUGCAGCCCACACCUUUGCUUUCCCAGUUUGGACACUACUUUGAAACAACAUAUGAUACAAGCUACAACAAAAAAAUGCCACUUUCAACCUAUAGAUUUAAGCGAGAGCCUCACUGGUUCCCAGGACAUCAACCUGAGCUGGAUCCUCCUCGAUGCAAAUGCACAGAAAAGUCAACUUAUAUGAGUAGCUAUUCAAAACCUCAACUUGGACAUCACUCUGCAUGUGUGUGUAAUCAUAAUAGCUGCCCAUUUCAGGAUCCAGGAUUCUAA